CAGACAAACAGUACUAGAAUCUAGAUGGAUUGUAUGGAACAAUAAAGGUAACAUUUUUCAAUGACUUGGUGAUCCAGAAUUUGGCACGUGAUUGUAUUUGUUCAUCUGGGAUUUUGUCCUCAAAACAUAAUAUUGAUAUUGGUGUGAUCUGGGUAAUUGAUCAAAAAGACUUUUUGUGAUUUGGGUUAUGCUGUAACAAGAUUUCAGUGAACCGGGUUUUCUUUUGCUGAAAAUAUUAGUUUGGUUCUGACACUUCACAUUGGUUUCGGUUGGGGAUGUUUUUGACAUCAACUAUAAAGUUUCAAUCUUAAGGUCCAAGACUUUGAUCUGUGGCACAUAAAGUUUUGGUCUUGCACCAUACGUUGUGAUUUAUGGUAUCUUAAAAGUUUGCAACUUCGGUUUGUGUUUAAGAUUUGCACGUGACAUGCGAGGUUCUAGUUGGAUUUGAUUGGUUUUAAAGAUGUCAGCGGCGUCGCCGUCUCCGGCAUCUUCCACCGCUGCGCCACCACCACAAACUAACUCCUCCGACACUAGUCUGCCACCGUCAACCGCCGCCACCCCACUACCGCAACAAUCCUUUUCCCCUACACCUAAGAGUUCAACUUCACCACCGCCAUCAACCCCACCACCAUCUCAGUCCCCCCCACCUCCGGCCACCCCUUCGGCUCCUCCUCCCGCCGUGCCGUCGCCGCCUCCGCCGUCACCACCGCCUAGCCUUGCAGCUCCCCCUUUGUCAACCUCACCUCCAUUGCCGCCUCCUGUAGUUACCCCUCCAACCCCACCAUCAGCUCCUCCACCAUCACAACAACCGCCGCCGCCAUCUUCUCCGGGACGUCCAUUACCGCCACCUCAAUCACCGGUUCCGCCAAGAAGCUCUCCAUCACCACCACCACCAUCAGCUCCACCGCCAUCAAACCCACCUAACAACCCAUCUCCUCCACCACCACCGGAUAAUUCAUCCCCUCCUCCAGCCGCAGCACCGCCACCCCGAAUUUCGCCUCCACGGCCACCGUCUGCACCACCUCCCAGAAACUCAAUUCCACCGCAUGCAUCACCACCGGUGAAUAAUUCAACUCCACCUGUGAAUUCAACCCCACCGCCGGUGGCUGUGCCGCCACCAAGGUCAUCAGCAUCACCACCAUCACAAUCAUCAUCACCACCACCAGCAUCCACCCCUCCUUCUCCUCCUCCUAAGAUUAGUCCUCCUACCACACCUAGUUCUCAACCAUCUCCACCUUCAAAUUCUACACCAAAGCCACCUCCCCCUAUCAUUCAAUUGGCGCCUCCUCCACGCUCACCUGUUUCACCACCACCACCACCAUCACAGAAUGUAUCAGAUAACUCAAGCUCUGGAACUGGAGGUAGUGGUGGAAUUGGCACUGGUGGUGCAGUGGCCAUUGGUGUUAUAGUGGCUGGAAUUCUGUUGAUUGGCUUCAUUGGAGUUGCUAUUUGGUGCAUGAGGAGGCAAAAGAAAAAGGUGCCUGCUAAUGGUGGUUAUGUCAUACCAUCCAAUCUUGCCUCUUCACCUGAAUCAGAUUCAUCCUAUUUUAAGACACAUUCCUCAGCUCCUCUAGUACAAAGUGGCUCUGGCAGUGAUGUUGUAUAUACACCAUCUGAGUCUGGUGGACUAGGCAACUCAAGGUCAUGGUUUUCAUAUGAAGAACUAAUCAAGGCCACAAAUAAUUUCUCAAGUCAAAAUUUUUUGGGUGAGGGUGGAUUUGGUUCUGUAUAUAAAGGAUACCUACCUGAUGGCAGAGAGAUAGCAGUCAAACAGCUGAAAAUUGGCGGGGGUCAGGGGGAGAGAGAAUUCAAAGCUGAAGUGGAAAUUAUUAGCCGCGUACAUCAUCGCCAUUUGGUUUCUUUAGCGGGAUAUUGCAUUGAAGAUAACAGAAGACUACUUGUCUAUGAAUAUGUCCCUAACAAUAACCUUUAUUUUCAUCUACAUGGGGCAGGUCAGCCUGUGCUAGACUGGGCAAACCGUGUUAAAAUCGCAGCUGGUGCAGCUCGAGGAAUAGCUUAUCUCCAUGAAGACUGCAAUCCUCGGAUUAUUCACAGGGAUAUCAAGUCAUCAAACAUUCUUUUGGAUUACAACUAUGAAGCUCGAGUCUCAGAUUUUGGGCUAGCCAAAUUAGCUCUUGAUGCAAAUACACAUAUAACCACACGAGUCAUGGGAACUUUUGGGUAUGUCGCCCCUGAAUAUGCGUCAAGUGGAAAAUUGACUGAGAAAUCUGAUGUAUAUUCUUUUGGAGUUGUGCUUUUGGAGCUAAUUACCGGACGGAAGCCAGUAGAUGACUCCCAACCCUUGGGAGACGAGAGUCUAGUUGAAUGGGCUCGACCUUUGCUGAGUAAUGCACUUGAUACUGAGGAUUUUGAGAGUUUGAUAGAUCCAAGGCUAGAAAAGAACUAUGUUGAAAGUGAAUUAUUUUGCAUGAUUGAAGUUGCUGCUGCUUGUGUGCGGCAUUCAGCUGCAAAGAGACCUCGCAUGGGACAGGUUGUUAGAGCUUUUGACAGCUUAGCAGGUUCAGAUCUAACUAAUGGAAUGCGACUUGGGGACAGCGAGGCGUUUGAUUCUGCGCAGCAAUCUGAAGAAAUAAGAUUAUUUCGGAGGAUGGCAUUUGGGAGUCAAAAUUAUAGCACGGACUUUUUUAGCCAUGCUAGUUUAAAUACAUGAAAGGCACUGUAGGUACUGGAAGAGUUUAUUUUGGACCAAAAGAUUACUGGUUGAGUUUUGUUGGUUGUAGAUAUGGCUGAGGUGCGUUGUUGCUUCUGAUUUUGGAAUUGACUGCAUCAGGUUCAAACCCUCAUUCUUGUAACCAAUUUUCAUUUUUCUUUUCAUUAGCUGUUCUUUGGCAGCAAUUUUGUUUUUGUAGUUAGAAUUUGUAAAAAGUUACUCUUUAUACUCAUGAUGAUAAAGAUUAACAUAUUUAACAUAAUGAUAAAAUAGAUGUGUGGCU